AUGACCAGUGAAGUAUCGAGAAUUCCUAAGGAUGAUAAUGAUAAUACACAAGGUGAUACUACACAAACACCAUGUGGAAAUUCUCGUGAUUCGGUGGUAAUAGAAGAAGUUUCCCAUAUAUCAACGUCUUUAGAUAAAGAAAAAGGCGAACGUUUUGAUUUUAGUCAACAACCUCCUUUUCCAUCACAAUCGUACACUUCUUCAAAUGGUGAUUUUCUUCAUCUUUUUGGAGCAAAUAGCAAAAUUGGGGUACCAUCGAUUCAUUGCUACUCUCCAUGGACCGUUAAGGAUAGUGAUGAUUGUUCUUUAUUAGCCUCUAUUGAGGUAGAUGAUGAUGAAAAGGACUUUACUUUAGGAGUUUGUGGAGCUCAAGAACGUGUUAUAGGGACAUUUAUUCAGUAUUUCGCAAGUGGGCAAACAUUACACCCUAUGGGAACACAGGAAGUACGAAAGUUUUGUAUUUGCCCUUGGCAUCGUCAGGCAGUUCUUCUUGACCUAUUAGAUAAUCGAAUAAUUUCAUGCAUUCAACUUCCUUCUGCACAGUUUUGCCGAUUAAGGAGUGAAGAAAAAGGGAAACCGAUUCAAUCGGAGAACGUACAGACUGCACCUACUGGUCCAGAUGAAUGGCGUGUUGUAAUUGAACAUAAGGGUCAAGGUUUUAUACGUUUUUAUGAUAUGGAGAGACGUAAAGGAUGUUGUUACUGUGAUGCCCCUUUAUCGUAUUUUAGUUGA